AUGGAUGACGAAUUAGAGCAAGCACUCGCGGCAUCUCGCGCUGAGGCAGAACAGCUCGAAGAGGACCGCGAGCUCCAAGAAGCAAUCAGGUUAUCCAAGAUGGAUGACUCUUCGACGCAAUCGGGCUCACAUACGCCAUCUCCAGAGCCAGCUGACGAAGAUCCUGAUCUCAAAGAAGCCAUUAGGUUAUCGAUGAUGGACGAUGCUUCGACAGCUUCUGGUUCUCCGUCACCGUCUCCUGAGCCUGAGAAGAGGAAAGGAGGCUUGAAGCGCAAAGCUGAAGAUGAUCUCGGACCUCAGAGCACGAAACUUGCACAGGUAGAACAUAUUGAUUUGAUGUCUUCUAGCGAGAGAAAGCUCGACAAGAGCGCCCCGAUCUCACCUCCUCCACUGCGACGGAAUAUCCAAACCGAUACGAGCCCUGGACAACAGCGCUCGGAAACCUCAGAGCAAGUUGCAUCGAGCCUCUCCGCAAUCAGCAAAGCAGAAGCCAAGAUCACAUAUCCCCACGGCGCCUUGCGCAUCACCCGCACUCCUGGUAGAGUAAAUGCCAAGAACUGCAUCAAUCUGAAAGAUGUGGUCCAAGGAAAGAGUCUUGUAUCAGCAUGUGUAUUCUCAUUCUUUAUUGGAGAGGAGGAGUUCUAUAGGCAUUUCCCCUUUACGCAAUUGUCAGAUAAAGUACCUAUCUACAUCGGUCGAGAUGUCAACAUGGAUCCGAUGACCCUGGACGCCUGUGAGCAGGCUGGCGUACCGUUAACCGUACAAGGUGGCAAGCCAGACAAGGUAACAAAGAAAACAAUGCCAAUCAUUGAGCCCAGGCUCCAAAAAUUGUAUUCCAAACGAUAUGGCGUCAACUACCAUGCCUUUUAUGCCUGGUCUUCCGGCUCAUCUCACUCAAAGAUCCUUGUUUUGGUGUAUCCCGACUUUCUCAGAGUGGUCAUCACAUCGUGCAAUAUGAUGGACAUUGACACCGUUCUUGGAGACAAUCAUUGGUACAUCCAUGACCUGCCCAAGCGCAAUGAACGAUCGAAAUCGGCACCAUCCUCCUUUGAAGCCGAGUUAUUGGCCCAUCUUUCUGCACUCAACACUCCCGAAGCUUUUAUUGAGUCUAUUCGAGGAAUGUAUGACUACUCCAAGGUUAAGGUCCACCUUACGACCUCUGUCCCGGGUGUCUGUUCUGGCAUCAAAGCAGAAAAGCAUGGCCUCCUUCGUCUCAGACGCAUCGUCAAUGACCUCAAUCUGGCGCUGCCUGAAAAGGGCAGCGGGAAGAUGAAACUCGAGCUCUGUGCUGCAAGCAUCGGUAGACUUACCGCGAAGUGGCUAAACAACUUCUACGACUGCGCGUUAGGCAAAGAACGACUCACCGUUGGCGAUCAGACCCAGCCUGUCCCAGACAUCAAACUCUUCUACCCAACAGUAGGGGAUGUCAAGAGCGCAGAUUCAUUGUCGCAAGACGCUGCAAGCAAUAUUGGCUGUCACAUUCAUCCAUGGACUGAAGCACCAAAUGCCAUCAAGCGCAUAUUCCAUCACUACCAAUCCAAAGACGCUGGAAAGCUAUUUCAUCAGAAGCUUGUCCUGGCGUACGCUCCCCGAGACGCUAGUGCGGCCCCUUAUUUCGUCUACAUCGGAUCGGCCAACCUGUCUCAAUCUGCUUGGGGAGCACUCGACGUGGAUAAAAAGAAAAACAAGGCCACUUGCGAUACGAAGCUGGUUAAGAUUGCGAACUUUGAAUGUGGUGUGGUUGUCCCUGGUAGUCUCGUGCAGAGCCUAUUGGAAGAAGGAACUACAAGUUGGCAGGAUGGUAUUGUGCCUUUCGAUCAGACCGCAGCACCAUAUAACUUGCCCAAAGAGAAGCCCUGGAAUGAUCCUAGAUGGGUGGUGAACUUCGAUGAGGGCUAUCAAGGCAACUCUUAG